CCCAACAACCCCUGAAAUAAAUUCGACAACAUUUUGCGACGUUUAUUUAAUAAUUUUAAAAUGAAAACUGGAUAUUUAUUUUAAAGAGUGUUUAUUUAAAAAUAAUAUAAGUGUUUAAUUUAAUAAUAAUUGGUGUUGGUGCAAUAAACUAAAAUAAAAUGCCUCGGAAAAGAGUAAAUCGAUCGCCGCCGGCGGAAAAGCGGGAGGAUAUCGAUGAUGAUGACUUCUUCUUCGAUGACACGCAGUCUAGUUCAGGACGAAGCAGUCACGAACCUCAGCACAGAAACGCGGCCAAUGCAAGAGAACGGGCGAGGAUGAGGGUACUCUCUAAAGCGUUUUGCAGAUUGAAAACGACUCUACCCUGGGUGCCGGCGGAUACGAAGCUGUCAAAGCUGGACACUCUGCGACUGGCAGCGUCGUACAUAGCCCACCUCCGAGCGUUGCUGCACGAGCCGCGUUCUGCGCACACGCCGCCGCAUCCGCUUAGCCUUGCGUGGCCUUUCGCCUUCCAGCACGGAGGGUCACUAAGCUGCACCAUCUCCCAGAGAUGGAACGUCACGCCACAGCCUACAGAUAACCGGGGCCAAACGACCAGAGAGCCCAUGCAAGAUACCAACAACUGCGAACACUAUAGCCAAGAAUACGAGAACGACUAUGAAGAUCGAGGGUACGAUGAGAGGAACGAAUGUGCCCAGUAUUGCAACUACGGUUACAAAGACGGUUAUUACCAAAGAAACUAUUCGACGGAAAAUUUAAUGAAUAAUGUGUGAGAAAAUUUAAUGGAAUAUUUUUUCAUGUUACAUGAAACUACAUAAAUUAUAUCGUGUAACUGUAAUGCAAUAAAUAUAUUAUCAUAAUAAAAU